AUGAACGGCGUGAAGCGCCACAUUGGGACGCGAAUGAAGGCGAUGACGAACGCGACGACCAAGCCGGUCGUGCCCGGUCGGCGCGUGCCGAGCAAGAAACCGCUUUUGGCCCUGCAGCAGUACGAGACCGGGUACAAUGUGCAGCAAAUUGACGGCGGCGGCCCCAAGCCGCUGCGCAUGCGGUCACUGCGCACGCUCUUGUCACCUCGCCGGGGUGGCGUCCGUGAGUCCUUCUCGCACCUCAACACCAAGCUGCGCGACUCGCGCACGUACGUGCUCGACCCGAAGAGCGCGCGUAGCAUCCAGUGGGACGUCUUUAUGGCAUGCUUGAUUGCCUACAGCGGCAUCACAGUGCCAUUGUAUGUGAGUUUUCCAAGCUUUCAAGUCACGAGUCACUGGGCCGCCGUUGACAAUGGCAUUGACGUGUGUUUUGGCAUUGACAUUGUGCGCAACUUCCUCAUGGGAUUCUACGACGAGCAAGAUCUUCUCGUCGUCGACGUCAAGCAGAUCGCCAAGAGCUACCUUCGCACGUGGUUUCUCCUCGAUUUUGUCUCGACGUUUCCGCUCGAAGCCGCCGUGAAGCUCUUCAACCCGUCCGUGGUCGCCAACUCGCACUCGCUCGCGUCCGUUCAGCUCCUCCGCGUGUUGCGCGUGACGCGCAUCCUCAAGCUUGCGCGCCUCGCCAAGCUCCGCGUCUUCUUCAAGCGCGUUGAAGAAACGUUUGGGUUCAACCCCGGGGGCGUUCGCCUCGCGCGGCUCAUCUUUGUCGUGCUCUUCCUCGCCCAUGUCCUCGCCUGCAUGUUUCACUGGAUCGGCCAGCCGUACGACCCGACCGUUGCCACCUCCAACCAGCGAUCGCUUCGCGUCGCAACGUCGGCCGUGGCCUCGACAUACCGUCCCAACUCGACGUGGCUGAUCGAAAACGAUAUUCGGACCCAGCCGGACAGCAUUCGGUACCUCUACUCGCUCUACUGGGUCAUUACGACCUUGACGGGCGUCGGCUACGGCGACGUGCACGCCGUCUCGGUCACCGAGCGCGCGUUUGCGAUCUUCGCCAUGAUGGUUGGCGCGUCUGUCUUUGGCUUUGUCAUUGGCAACAUUUCGUCCCUCCUCGAGUCGAUGGACACACGCGCGGCCGUGUACCAGCUCAAGAUGGCGCUCGUGAAGGACUACAUUCGCACCCACAAGCUGCCAAAGGACCUGCGCACCAAGCUCUCGCGGUACUUUGAGCACUACCUCGCGCGCGCGUCGCUCUUUGACGAGUCGUCCAUUUUGAGCGAAAUCCCGCUGAGUCUCCGGAACGAGAUUGUGCACUUUACGUGCCGCGAAAUUUUUCUGAUUCCAGCGUUUGCAUCCAUCAACACGCAGUUUGUCAUGGACAUGGCCAUUUGCAUCAAACCGCUCUUCCUCCUCGCCAAGGCCGUCAUUGCCAAGCAGCAUACGGUCGGCCGCGAGAUGUAUUUCUUAAACUCGGGCAUCGUCGCGGCCUCCAACGCAACGGUGCACGGCAAGAUGGUGCUCACUGAAGUGCUGAGCGAGAACGCGUACUUUGGCGAGCCGCCGCUGCUUUUUACACGCUGCGUGAAAACACGUUUACGUGCUUGA